GUUCCUUUAUCAUUUCGGUGGCAAACUUGACGUAGCAUGGCCGUCGUUUGGAAGUAUUCACAGUUUUACUUCCACAAAGAAUACGCGAUAAACAUAUCUCAGAGCGAAUUAAGAAAGACUUUUUUGAAUAAAUUUUUUACGCGAGUGAGAUAAACAAUAUUAACGUGUAUACAACACAGAACAUCGUUUGAGUUACGACCUAAAUUACGUUUUUAAUUUCCUGCAAAAUGAAAACAAUGUGGUUAGUUAGCCAGCCAAAUUCUGUGAUUUUGGAAGUCAAGGUGGAAAAUAAUGCAAUUGGACAACAAUUAUUAGAAAGGGUAUGCGAGAAGCUAGAAAUCGGCGCCGAAGCCGAUUACUUUGGUCUUCGAGUCUGCUCAGCUCAGGGGCCGGGGAGAUGGCUCAAUCUCAGGAAUCCCCUUGAUCCUCACCGUAUACCAGGAGGACGCCUCGACCUUCGAGUCAAGUUCUGGGUGCCGCCGCAUCUGCUGAUUAACGAGCAAACUCGACACAUAUUUUAUCUCCACGCGAAACUCGACCUCGUGGAAGGCAGAUUGGUCGUGGCCGACCAGGAGAUCGCCCGGCGACUGAUCGCCUACAUCGCUCAAGCGGAGACCGGGGACUGCGAUCCCGACGUGCCCACCCACGUGUACGAGGAGUGCAACAAGAUCGGUCCCCAGGGAGAGAAAAGUGACGACCACCUCGCGAAGAUCAUAGAAUACCACAACGAGAUAGCGGGAAUGCGCGCCUCGCAGGCCGAGUACCGGUUGCUCAAGGAGAUAUCGAAGCUGGAGUCGUUCGGCGAGGAGCUGUUCUUCUGCAAGCCCGUGACGCAGAGCAACAACGCGCACAAUUUGUACUGCCACUUGGUGUACCACAAGGCGCAGGAUGAGCAGCGGCGUGACGGACCUGAGAUCGAUGGCGGCGCCACCGUGGGCUGCCUCACGUCGGGCCAGGGUGGUGGUGGCUGUGGCUGCCGGCUCAGCACCUGCGUGGGCGUGGGCCCGCACGGGCUGGUGCUGUACCGGCCCGCCUGUCGCGGAGACCACGACAUCGGGGUCGAGAAACAGAGCAUCCCGUACACGGGCAUCCACCGCGCGCAGCCGCUGCGGCGCCUGUUCCAGCUGGCAUACGUGUCGGAAGGCGGCCAGCAGGCGGCGCUGCACGUCAAGAUGGCCACGUCGGGCCAGGCGGCCGCGCUCUACCGCGCCGUCACCGAGAAGCACGCCUUCUACUGCUGCGAGACCGUGCGCUCCGACGUCACCGAUCAGUUCAUCCGCGACCUCAAGGGCACCAUCGCGUCCAUCUUCAACGACUCGAGUACGCUGGGCCGGCGCUACGUGUUCGACAUCCGGCGCACGUGCCGCGAGGUGCACGACCGCGCGCGCCGCGAGUCGCACGCACGUGCGGCGCCGCACGAGCCUCGCACGAUGCGGGCCGCACAGCACAAGGAGGCUCGGUCGCGGUCGAGCAGCGCGGGGGGAGGGGGUGGCGCCGCACUGGCCUGCCGCGUGUGUAUGGAUGGACCCAUUGACACACUGUUCCUGCCCUGUCGCCACGUGCUGUGCUGCGAGCAGUGCGCGCCCAGAUGCAAUCGAUGUCCUUUGUGUCGUGGCGAAAUCGAGAAAUUCAUGCACAUAUUUCUCCCGGUGGAGUACCAAAAGAGUCCUGGAGUUAUUAUAAAAUGAAGUACUUCUCCGGCGGUCAUAUUAUUCAUGCUGAACGAUAUUUGGAAAAAUUGGAAUGGAUCUUACGAACAAAGAUAAAGAUGCGCUUCAUCUGACCCGCGCUAGUUUGGGUGUCAUAUUGAAACUGACAAGUGACAGAUUUGAGUGAAAUGUCGUGUGAUCUGUCACAGAGUACUGUGUUCUGUGAAGGUUGUGUGUGCGUGACGCGUUGUCUAUGGUCUAGUCAUGUGUGGCUAAUGUUGCAUUUUACGGAAUAAUGGACGAUCUCUUUUGCUGUAGAUUAUAUUAUAGACUUAUGUGAAAGGACAAUAAAAUAUAAAUUCCAUCGAUUUAACAUGUUAAGAGUUAAUUGGUGUUUCUAAAUUAGUGCUGCAUACAUUUGAAUAUUAUUAUUUUUACAUAAAAAUAUUUGCCUUCGUUUUAGAAGGUGUAGUAUGAAUUGUGAUAAUUUUGUAAGUUUUAUAACUAACCAAAAAAUAAUUUUGUAAUAACUUUAGACAUUGCAUUUUUCUUUGUAUUAGUUUUCAUUAAUUAAUACUUUAUUAUAAAUAAACCUAUUCGAGGAGUAUACUUUAUUGUAAGUUAUUAUAAAUGUAAGACCAAUGGUUGUAACAUUAGAUUAAGGAUUAUAACCGCUGCGUUCCAACUAGAUACCCUAGAUGUAGUCGAAAAGUGCGGAAACUAAUACUAAGUCCUAGAGGGCGUACUCGAGUCAGUCUCGAACAAUAUGACGUUGACGUGCCGCGUGUUCUGCUAAACUUUGGUAAUAAUCGAAACUAAAAUGCCGGGUUGCGUAGUAAAACUUUGUAAAAAUAAUACUACAAGAUAUGAGAAAGACACUGGGAUCACAUAUCAUCAGUUUUUUUAUUAAUUUCAAUGUUAACACGAAGCAUAUGUUACAAAAUUUGAAGGAUGCCAUUGAGUGUCAAGAUGCCAUGUACACAAGCAUCUAAUCGUUGCGGUAUCUAGUUGGAGUACAGUGGAGACCAAUACUUAAUCUAAAGGUUGUAAUAUUAUUUUCUAGGAGCAAUUGUGACAGCAGUGAUCAACUGUAACAACUAUAAUGUACUUAGUAGUGUUAGUGGGUCUCCACCCAACUAGCACUGCAGUUGUAUAGAAAAUAAAUAUGUUCAAUACAA